AUGGCGGCGAAGAGCAACACGGACCCCGCAAAAGCAGGAAUUAGGGUUGCAAUUGGUAACAGUAAGGAGAAUACGCUGUUUAGGACUAGGCCGAGAGGAGCUUUCUAUCCUCGUCAAACCAAGGCAGCUAAGAAAGAGUCUUGCGUUAUCUGUUUCGAAAACAUUGAUUCUGAACUUAUUAUGUUUCCAGCUGAUGAAUGUGGUCACUCGUUUUGCUCUACUUGUGUUAAAAAAUAUAUAGAGGUGAAGCUGCUUGCUGGAAGGAUACCGAAUUGUCUUGACCUUCGGUGCACGUCUAUGCUGUCUAUUAAUAGAUGCCGCAAUCUUUUGACUCCAAAGCUGAAUUGUAUGUGGAGACAGAGGAUUAUAGAGGACUCAACUCCUUCCGCAGACAGAGUUUAUUGUCCUUACCAAACGUGCUCUUACUUGAUGUCCAAUUUCAUGCUUUCUCUUUCUGCAUCUUCUGAAUCUGGAUUUAGGAAGUGCUUCAAAUGCGGUGGCUCCUUCUGCGUCCACUGCAUGGUUCCAUGGCAUAGUUCGCUAUCGUGCACCGAUUACAAGAAGUUGCAUCCUAAUCCUCUAAACGAGGAUACAGAGCUAAUGUCUUUGGCAAAUCUUGAAGGGUGGCGUCAAUGCGGUGCGGAUAUGCUUUUUGCUACACGUGUGGAGCCGGUUGGUAUAGUAGGAGCCAUGGAGGAUGCACCACUUUUCGGUCAGGAAACGUACGCCCGGCGUUUACUAUUGUACUAG